UCCUAGAGAGAGAAAAUUCGUAGAGAGAGAAACUUUUCAACUUUCCUCCUCCGACCACCCUCGCCGGUAACUGCCGUGGCGGAACUCCUUGUCGUCGGAGCUUCAUUUUCUCACACUCUUUCACUCUCCUGAAAUCCUAGAGAGAGAAAAUUCGUAAACCCUUUCUAAACCCUAAUUCUCUUGUGGAGUUCGUAGGAUCGUUACAGCCAUGUAUGGCGGUGAUGAAGUAUCAGCAAUAGUACUUGACUUGGGUUCACACACAUGCAAAGCUGGUUAUGCUGGUGAAGAUGCCCCUAAGGCUGUGUUUCCCUCUGUUGUUGGAGCAAUUGAUCAAAUGGAUAUUGAUGAAGAAGAUGAUGCUGAAAAGAGCUCUACCUCUGCUGGGGAAUCGAGGAACAAUCUUAGAAAUGUUGAUUCUGACAAAGCCAAGGGAAAGAGGAAAUUGUAUGUAGGAUCUCAGUCCUUGGGAUAUCGCAGAGACUAUAUGGAGGUGCUGUCUCCGUUUAAGGAUGGAGUUGUUGCUGACUGGGAUAUUGUUGACAGCAUAUGGGAUCAUGCCUUCAGGGAGUGCCUAUUGAUUGAUCCUAAAGAGCAUCCAAUGCUCCUUGCAGAGCCUUCUUCUAACACUCAACAACAGAGGGAAAGGACAGCGGAGCUUAUGUUUGAGAAGUACAAAGCACCUGCAUUGUUUUUGGCUAAGAAUGCUGUUCUGACUUCUUUUGCAUCAGGGCGUGCUACGUCAUUAGUUGUUGAUAGUGGUGGAGGAUCAACUACAGUGGCACCAGUACAUGACGGUUAUGUUCUUCAAAAGGCUGUCGCAACCUCUCCGAUUGGAGGAGAAUUUCUUACAGACUGCUUGAUGAAAAGCUUGGAAAGCAAGGGUAUCGUGAUAAAACCACGGUAUUCAUUUAGGAGAAAGGAAAUACGCCCCGGAGAGUUUCAGACUGUAGAUCUUGAUUUUCCAAAUACAACUGAAAGCUACAAACUCUACUCCCAGAGGGUGAUUGCUAGUGACAUCAAGGAAUGUGUAUGCCGUGCUCCAGAUACUCCAUAUGAUGAGAAAGCAUAUUCAAACAUUCCAAUGACCCCAUAUGAGCUUCCUGAUGGCCAGACCAUUGAAAUCGGAGCAGACAGAUUUAAGAUUCCAGACAUACUUUUCAAUCCGUACCUGGUUCAGUCAAUUCCUGGCAUGGAGAACUUCACAGAAAUUGCUCCUUCGGUUCGUGGCCUGCCUCAAAUGGUUAUAGAAAGCAUUAACAAGUGUGAUGUAGACAUUCGAAGAGAAUUAUUUAGUAGCAUACUGCUUGCUGGUGGCACAGCUUCAAUGCAACAACUGAAGGAACGCCUUGAGAAAGACUUGCUAGAGGAGUCCCCUCAAGCUGCUAGAGUAAAAGUAUUGGCCAGUGGAAAUGCUACUGAAAGAAGGUUUAGUGUUUGGAUAGGGGGUAGUAUAUUGGCUUCUCUUGGCUCCUUCCAGCAAAUGUGGUUCUCCAAAUCCGAGUAUGAAGAGCAUGGAGCUUCAUAUAUCCAAAGGAAGUGUCCUUGAGUUUCUAUUGUAAAAGUUUAUUUUCCUGCCAUUGGUUGUCUUGAUGACUUCAGAAAGUCCUCCCAGUAUCACUCAAGUAGUGCUUGCCUACUAAUGGAUUUUUCUUUCUUAUUAAUGGCCAUCCCUUAGAUCUCAUUCUAACUUCAUUAUUGGCCUCAAGAUCAUCCACAACCCAGCUAUAACUGUAAUCUAUAUUGAUGUAAAGUGUGCUUGGAGUCUGUAACAUUGCCCUAUUUAUCUAAUUGGGUUUCCCUUCUGUGUAAUUUAACUGGCAGCAUGAAAAUCGCCAUUUAGAUGAUAAAUAUUGAGUAGUACAUUUUAUUUUAUUUUAUUUUACAAUUAGUUUU